AUGCGUAUUAUAUAUUUUUCUACUAUCCCUGGUAAAAAAGUUAACGCUGUUUAUGAGAAAAUACAAGAAUUUGGGCACGAAUUAGUAUUAUUUGUAACUAUUCGUGGAUUACCAUCAAUGGUUACUAAUAAUCAUCAAAAAGCUUUUGAAGAUCGUAUCAAAGACUUAAAUCCAAAUAUUCCGACACUAAUAGUGAAUACAAUGAAAGGUAAUUUGGCGAAUAUAAUCACAGCUCUUCAACCUGAUAUUGGUCUUGUUCUGCAGUUUGCCUUUCGGCUAAACAAGACGAUAUUAAGUAUACCCAAAUAUGGGUUCGUUAAUCUACAUCCAUCAAUGCUUCCCAAAUAUCGUGGUCCAAAUCCAAUUGGUUGGCAAAUCUUGAAUAAUGAGAAGACUCUUGGGUUUACAUUUCAUUACAUGGAUGACAAAUAUGAUACAGGCAGGAUUAUUUUGCAAGGUACAAGACCAUUGACGUCAACUGACAACUUUUUUUCUAUUUACAUGCAAGUUCCAGAAAUAUUGAUGGACAAUAUGGCAACAGUUUUUAAACUGGUGCAGCAAGGAUAUAAAGGUGAAAUACAAAAUGACGGCGAACACUCAUACGCUCCAUUUUUUACAGUGGAACAACGUACUAUAAAUUGGGAAAGGCCAGCUAUUGAAAUCGAUUGUCUUAUUCGAGCAACAUCAGUGUGGCAUAAACAUGACUAUCACGCGACAAUGGAAUAUCUUGUUCGCCAAGCAUUGUUCGAGAUGAAUGACAAAAUGAUCAGACCAUUGAAAAGUUUACUAAUAUGUCCGAAAAAUUAUGAUAAUUUGAGUGGCUUGGACAGUCAACAAACAUUCAUGCAGGACAACUCUAGUGAUGCUAAAGUUGGAGAAAUAACUGAACAAUCAACUGGUGAAUUGUUGGUCCAUACAGGAAAUGGCCAACUAUUGAUUACUGACUAUGAACGACUUUAG